CAUUGAAUGUAUUGCUCAUUUUACUGCUGUUAUUUAUUACGCUCUUUACAAGAAGGACAGGGCAAUAAGACUUACGUAGGGUCGACGCCUGAACCCAUAAAACGUUUACGACAACACAAUGGCGAGAUCACACAAGGCGCCUAUCGAACCCGUAAGCUACGACCUUGGGAGCAUGUGAUGAUUGUCUAUGGCUUCCCUAGUCGAACGGAAGCACUACAAUUCGAAUGGGCCUGGCAAAAACCGCAGCAAAGCCGACAUGUCAAGGCACUGGCAGACACCAAUCCGUACAAAAUCAGAUAUACCCAAUGCACCAAAAAUAAGGCCAACCAUCCUCUCACCAAGAUCAAAGUGGCUCAAUUGCUAUUAAAUUCAAAGCCGUUUUGUCAGUUACCUCUUAAGCUCCGAUUUGUCCUACCAUCUAUGCAAGACAUCUUUCUUCAGGUCGAUCUGCCCAAGCAUAUGCAAUCGUCUGUAGGGCCUAUUCGAGACCUUAUUCAACAACAUAAGCAGCAUGAAGAAGACAUUCUAACGAAGUUUCAACUACCAGACAAGGAUCCACUGUCUUGUUAUCUCUGUCGAGAAUCAAUUGAAAAGGAUGAUGCCCUCGAUUAUGUAAGCUGUGACGAUUGUGACGAAAUGAAGAGCCAUGUGGCUUGCUUCCAAGCAAUAUUAGAAACAACAGAACAAGGCUACUGUCCCGAGUGCUCUAAACUGCAUGUAUGGGGGGAUCUAAUACAAGCGUCUAAAUUACGAGAGAAAUUUGUGCAAGACGGUAUUUCGUACUCGACCGAAGAUGAUUCUGAUUCUUCAGUCAUUAAUUUGACGACCGUGUAAGCCACCACUAAUUAUAUGAUGCGUGUGUGACAUAAAGAUUGUGAACAUAUACACCCAACAAAAAUUAUUUCAAGACCAAUAAAAACUAAAAUCCCGUUCUUUGUCUCCGACUGAAAUGCCUUCUUUUGCGUCACCCCAGUGAAUAGUAAUCUCGGAUCCAAUACUUUUGUUGAACUUUACAAAGGUAGAGAAGCUGAUAGCAAAAGGUCACUAGCUUAGAUAAAGAGGAGAAAUAUCUCGGAAAGAUGAAAAAGAAUGAUAAAAGAGAAUUACAAUGGUUGCAAUAAUAGAUGAAUAUCAACAAGAAUAUUUAUAACAAGCGCCAAGCCGUAAAUCACCAAUGUCAUC